AUGAGAGCCGUAGUGUCCGCCUUCAGGAGCAGCAACGUCCUGCGGAGCGGGCUUCCGGCCCUGGCGGGGGUGCACAAUGCGGUGCAGUCCGCGGCGGUGCCGCAGCGCGCCGAGGUCGACGCGCGGCGUCCGCGGACGCCGCACACCGUCGGCGACAUCCUCCACUACCAGGCCGACGCCGGGAGGUGGGGCUGGGUGGCUGCGGACCAGCCCGUCUUCGACGCCAUCUCGCGGAUGACGAAUCACAGGCUCGGCUGCCUGAUGGUCGUGGAGAACCCGAACGUCACGAGCGAGCACGACGCCAAGCAGUACAUCGCCUUUCUGCCGACACACGACCACAUCGACUGCACGGUCGACCCGGGCACGUUCGCGGAGGGUCUGCGGCUGCCCAACGCCCUCUCGCGCGUCGUCGGCAUCGUCACGGAGCGAGACUAUCUGACGAAGGUAGCCGUUCGCGGCCUCUCGUCGCACCACACGCCCGUGGCGCAGAUCAUGACGCCGGCCGCGGAGCUCAAGCACGUCACCACGGGCGCGUCCGUGAUGGAGGCGCUGAUGAUGAUGGACGCGCACAGCUUCCGGAACCUGCCCGUGAUGGACGUCGGCGUGGUGCGCGCCGUGCUGAGCAUCCACGACGUCGUGCGCGCGGUGCGGCGGGAGCGCGAGGGCGACGUCGAGACGAUCGAGGGGUACUUGCAGGGGUCGUACUAG